AAGGGAGAAAAAGAAGGCAGAAAAGAAAGGAAGGAAAGAAGGAAGGACGAAGGAAGGAAGGAACAAAGAAAGGAAAGAAAAAAGAAAGGCAGGGAGAAAAGGAAGGAAAGAAAGCGAAAGAGAGAAAAAAAGGAAGGAGUAAAGGAAGGAAGGAAGGAAACAAAGGGGAAGGAAGAAAAAGGAAAAUAAAGAAAGGAAGAAAGAAAAAGAAAGAAAGAAACCCAGAUUCAGACAAACCCUUCCAUCGAUUUUGGAAUUUAAACCCAAUUUACUCUCAUUUCCCCCCAUUUCUUCUUGCCCCCCCGUCCCUCCAAGGAUCCAUGCUGGUCCGGAGAGCUGUCGUCCCAGCCCCCCCGGAUGGGGGCUGGGGCUGGGUGGUGGUCUUGGCUGCCUUCCUCCAGUCCGCCUUAGUCUUCGGCAUUCUGCGUUCCUUCGGCGUUUUCUUCGUGAAGUUUGUGGCUCAUUUCCAAGAAUUGUCCGGACGGAUCUCCUGGAUCACUUCCAUUGGGAUCGCCGUGCAGCAAUUUGCUAGUCCGGUGGGAACUGCCCUGAGUUCCCACUACGGAGCUCGGCCCGUGGUUAUGGUUGGUGGGUUUCUCUCCGGCCUGGGUCUCCUGUUGGCAUCGUUUGCUACCCGGUUGGUGCAUUUAUACCUCAGCAUUGGGCUCCUUUCAGGGUUCGGCUGGGCCUUGGUCUUCACGCCAUCCGUGGCCUCCGUGGCUCGCUAUUUCAAGAGGCGCCGUACCCUGGCUACCAGUUUGGCCUUCACCGGCGUGGGAAUCUCCUCCUUCGCUUUCUCGCCUCUCUUCCAAUUCCUCAUGGACACCUACGCCUGGCGGGGAGCCCUGAUGAUCGUGGCUGCCAUGUCCUUCAACCUCAUAGUCUGCGGCGCCCUGAUCCGGCCCCUGACCCUGAAGGACGACGUGUCCCCUGGAAAGCUGACGGUCUGCAAUCUCUUCGGCCUGCAGCUACUUUCCCACUGCCCAUUCAUGCGGUUUGUGGUGGCCAUCACCUUGGUCAACACAGGUUAUUUCAUCCCCUACGUCCACCUGGUGGCCCGGGCACGAGAACUGGGCUUUGACGAAUACCAGGCUGCCUUCCUGAUGUCCCUCACGGCCGCGGCUGAUCUUUGCGGUCGCCUCUUCUCCGGCUGGCUGGGCAGCUGCAGGUCGUCGCGGUUGAUCCACCUGCUGGUGGCCUGGACUUCCUUGACGGGCAUCUCCUUGUUGCUGAUCGCUUGGGGUCACACCUACCCGCUCCUCGUGGCCAUCAGCCUCGGCUACGGAUUCUUCUCGGGAGCCCUGACGCCCGUGGUCUUCUCCAUCGUUCCGGAGAUCGUGGGCAUCGAGAACAUCUUCAGCGCCAUGGGGUUGUUGCAGAUGAUCGAAAGCAUCGGGGGGCUCUUGGGGUCCCCCCUGUCGGGUUGGCUGCGAGAUCUCACCGGCAACUACACGGCCUCCUUCCUCGCCGCCGGCUCCUUCCUUUUGGCCGGGAGCCUCGUCCUGACGACGGUGCCCAAUUUCUCCCCCUGCCUGACCCCGCCGGAUUGGCACGAUGCCCGGCUUGGCAGGGAGGCCGGAGAUGACAGCCACUUGACCACGGUGGCUGCCGCAGACCUCUCUCCCGAAAAGUGCCUGGGGGGGCCAGCGGCCGAGCAGACCCCCGUGAAGAGCUGAGUGGCCGCAGGAGUCCAAAGGUGGACGUCAAUCCAGAGCGGAGAUGGACCAGAAACACACGCGUGUGGGCGUAAUUGCGUGUGUAAAUGUGCGUGCAAGAACGAGGGGUUAUUCGCCGCAGCGACAUAAAACCACGUGUCGCUACAGAUUUAUCUACCGGUGCCUUAAACCGUGGCCCCUUUAAGACUGGUGGACUUCAACUCCCAAAAUUCUCUGCUGGCUGGGGGAUUCUGGGAGUUGAAGUCCUCAAGUCUUAAAGGGGCCGAACUUGGAACCUCCUGCCUUAAACCUCUUUUAUCUGCAAAAGAGCGGGUUUUUAGGAAAAUUGAACCCGGAACGCGGAAACGAAUGCCUUCUGUUCAACUGGGCAACCCGGCGGGCGCAGACUCAUGAUGCCAGUCUCGAUGGACUCCCUAGCCCCUCCUCCACAGCCCUGGGAUGAGAUGGCCCUUGAAACAGGGAUUCUGUUUCAAAUGGAUCUUCCCUUGAUUGUCUUGGGACGGGAAGGGGGGGGGCUUCACUGGGGCCUUUGUGGGCAUCUGCCCACAGCAAGACCCUUCCCCCCAAAACUGCCCCCGUUAGCCAAAUGUGGGCGUAGUCCCUGGGAUUGGAGAGGUUAAAAUCCAGCCGGGGUGGCCAAAUCUCUCAGCCGAAACCUGCCUCAGCCACCUCGGUUCCUGCCACUCUCAGCAAUGGGGACAUACUCGGUUUGGGUCCAAGCUGCCCCAUGGCUUAAUUCCCCCUUCUCCUCCUGAAAUAUUCCCUGCAGAAAUUCCCUUGUCCAAAUUCGCUUGCAGAAAUUCGCUUGCAGAAAUUCUCUUGUGCAAAUUCCUUGCACAAAUUCGCUUGCACAAAUUCUCUUGCACAAAUUCCCUUGCACAAAUUGGUGAGUCUUAGAUCUUCUCCUUGAUAGCCGAACAUUCAGCCUCAGAGGAGGAAGUCCGCAGGGAAUCCAAACCGCCAAGAUGGCGUCCACACGGGGCUGCCAUUUUGACUUUUAUGACCUCCCCGCAGCCACCUCUUGCACCCUUCCCCCAGCUACUCCCACCCGCCACCCUUCCCGCUCUGUUUCCUCCUUCCUGCCAGAUUGAUGGGGCUGCUGCCUUG